GAAAACCCAAACCCAGGAAGGAAGUGUGUUUGUUACUGACAAGAUAAUCCACUGCCAUAACAGAAGUUACCGUCAUCAUACAGUAAAUCGGAGAAGGUACAGCUACAGCGAACAGACUUGCUGCAGGUAGAGACCCAAACAACAUCUCAACAUGCCAACAGAGUGAAGCCUCCUCCCCAAAACCUACCUAAAGCAAACUGAGCAGGGGAAGCAGGUGUUAGAACUGCACCCGCAAUGGACCAACCUACACUCUGUAUGGUACUCCUUGCAGUCUUUAGUCACAGUCAUGGCCUGGAAACAGACCCAUUUUACAGAUCCAAAAGGGUUCAGGAAAGUGCCGGAUCAGAUCCCAGUGACUGUUCUUCAAGGACUGAUCAGCCACAAAUCUUAACAAACUCUGACUUUUCUGUGGCUGUUCGGAUGCCCGGUGUCAUCCCCGAUCAGUCGGACACUUACCUGUGCAUGGCUUUUCCUGUGCCAACUGGUCAGACUGCAUAUGUAGUGGACUUCAUGCCUCAGGCUAGCAUGAACACAGUCCAUCACAUGCUGCUGUUUGGCUGUAAGACCCCUGUCAGCACCACCAGCUACUGGGACUGUGGCAGUGCACAUGGCACUUGUAAGGAUGACGCCUCCAUUUUGUAUGCCUGGGCUCGCAACGCACCGCACACCAAACUGCCGAAAGAUGUUGGUUUCAAAGUUGGACGAAAAUCAGGAGUAACUUACUUUGUGCUGCAGAUCCAUUAUGGAGAUGUUGGUGCUUUCCAAGAUCAUCACAGGGAUUGCUCAGGACUCACCUUAAGAAUGACAUCCAAGCCGCAGCCGUUUAUUGCUGGUAUAUAUCUUCUCAUGUCCAUGGACACUGUCAUCCUUCCAGGAAAAAGAGUUACAAAUGCAGACGUUGCCUGUGAUUAUGCUUCGUAUCCCAUCUACCCGUUUGCCUUUAGGACCCACACACAUCGCCUGGGAAAAGUGGUUAGUGGCUACAGGAUCCGAAAUGGAGAGUGGAGCCUCAUUGGGAGACAGUCUCCACAACUACCACAGGCUUUCUAUCCGACAAACCAUGAUGUGGAUGUGAAGUACGGUGACAUGCUCGCAGCCAGAUGUAUGUUCACUGGCGAAGGCAGAACCGAGGAAACAUACAUUGGUGGCACCUCUGAUGAUGAAAUGUGCAACUUCUAUAUCAUGUACUACAUGGACAGCAAACAUGCCGUUCCUUAUAUGAGCUGCAUGGAGCCUGGCCCUGCCAAACUGUUUCAUCACAUUCCAUCUGACGCCAAUAUUCCCAUUGCUGUCAGUCCAGAUCGCAUCAACUCCAUGAUGCACAUGGGAGGACACUCAAGUACAACAGGUCACAAGGACAGCACACCAAUGCCGGAUUUAACCAGUGAAGUGCAGCUUCUCAAUCAGGGUGACCUAUUUUCUCUAAUGUCCAAGCUGCUAGGCCAGCACAAGGAUGUAGUACAUAUUCCUAAAUACAACCCCAGCCAAAUACAGAGGGUCCAACCUGAGCUGGUGGCUCAGAUUCAUAGCUUAAUACAAAAGAAAAACAUGGGCUCUCCCAGCGCUUCACUUGCCUUCCAAACCAGCAGGGAUCCUAUUUUGAUGAGAAACAGAGUGCACAAAUUCCAUCAGCUUGAGGCAACGCCAAAGCUACCAAAAAGCAAGCUGCCAUCUCAAAGACAAGAUGUUCAUCUAGAGCAGAAUCCAGCCUGGCCACAGGAUUCUCUCCAGCUGGGACAGGUGUCAGGACUUGCCAUCGAUUCGGAUUCCAAUUUGGUUAUUUUUCACAGAGGUGACCACCAUUGGGGGCCAGAUUCUUUUGACAGCCAAGCUGCAUACCAGCAGAGGUUCUCUGGCCCUAUUCAGCAGUCCACUAUUCUGGUUGUGAAUGCUGACAAUGGCAACAUCAUCAAGGCUUCUGGAAGAAAUAUGUUUUACUUACCUCAUGGAAUAACAACAGAUAUGGACAAUAAUUACUGGGUAACUGAUGUGGCUCUUCAUCAGGUUUUAAAAGUGAGCAGUGAUGGCAGCGACAGAACCUUGCUGUCACUGGGCGAGGCGUUCACGGCAGGAAGUGACCACGGCCAUUUCUGUCAGCCGACCGACGUGGCUGUUGACUACCAAACGGGGAACAUUUUUGUUUCUGACGGCUACUGUAAUGCCAGGAUACUGAAGUUUUCUGCUGAUGGCAAAUACCUUUCUGAGUGGGGAGCUGGCUCAUCAGACAGGAGGAGACAUAUACCCUUUCGGAUCCCCCACAGUCUGGCAUUUCUUCCUGAGAGAAACGAGUUGUGUGUGGCUGACCGAGAGAACGGACGCAUUCAGUGCUUCACAGCCCACAAUGGAGAGUUUGUCAAGGAAAUCAAGAAAGAGGAGUUUGGCGGCAGCGUCUAUGCUAUCACCUUCCUCCCUGUUGGGGGUGAAGACAGCCUCAUCUUUGCAGUGAAUGGGCAAUCUAUGUAUGGACACCCCCCUCCUCCAAGUGGCUUUGCAAUAAACUAUUCAACUAAGGAUAUUGUGGAUACCUUCAUCCCGAAGAAGAGGGCGUUUCAAAUGCCUCAUGAUAUUGCUGUCAACAAAAAUGGCAGCAUCUUCGUGGGAGAUGCAGGCAGCAACACAGUCUUCAAAUUCACUGCUGAGAAGGCACAUCGUUCAGUCAAGAAAGCUGGAAUUGAAGUUGAAGAACUUGAAGAAAUUGAGACAUUUAUCCAAACCAAGGUGAAGCCUGAGCAGAACAUAUCAGCAGCAGUCCAAAAGAAGCCCCAGCACCUUCAGCCACAGCAAGAUGAGAAGAAAAAGAAUGUGUCAAACAAAGAGCAAACUCUCCUUCCAGUUUUCAUCUCUGUGCUUCUGCUGCUCCCUCUUGUGCUGCUCAUCUCUGUAGGAGUCUUCUUCUGCUGGAGGAAAAACCACCGACGAGAGGACCUGAAGAUGGAACCCAGCGCUGUUGGAGGGAUCUUGGAAAAAAUCAGAGGUAAAGCAGUUGGCAGCCUGAACCUGGGAAACUUCUUUGCUUCCCGUAAGGGUUACAGUCGUCAGGGCUUCGACCAGCUGAGCACUGACGGAAGUGACCAGGAAAGGAACGAGCAUGAGAGCAGCGAGUCGGAGAACGAGGAAUACUCUGCUGUCCCACCGCGGCCUCCACCCUCCUCUUAAGACACAUGCAACCAAUCAGCAAGCUUCUGCUUUCACGGUCAGUCAUCAUAGUGUAACUGUUGUGUUAGCUGCCAAUAUUAUUGUGGACAUAUUUAGGUAUGGACUGUACAGAAAAUGUUUUUCUGAAGCCAAUUGAUUUCACCUUCAUUUGCCCACGAGGAUGAAGAAAACACAAUGUUGGUGUCACCAUUUCACUCUGACGAACUUUUACUCUCUGAUGACUUUGGGAACUGAAAUGUUUUUAAUGAGAUGUGUUCGAUGGCCAAGAAGUGCAAAACAUUUUAACAAACAACAAAGCCAAUUACAUUUACCCAAAGCCACUUUCUGGCUAGUAAGUGCAAAACACUGAAACAAACCGUGACAUGCUAACAUUUCAGAAAACAAAGUAAUAUUUCAUAAAUGACAUGAAGAAAAAGUGAAACAAAUUUGUGUGUUAUGCAUAUACGUAGGCUGGGUACGUUACGCUCGGAUUUAAACUGGAGGAACAUCCACGCUGGUGUCCAUGUCCGUGUCUCGUGUCCGUGUAUAAAACAAGACCCAUAUCUAUCAAUCACAAGACCCGAUAUCGAGCAAGAAGAUGGGAAAGUAGCAUAAACGGUUCCACUACAGCCGUAUUGGAACCUGUGGCGCAAAGUAAGAGUUUCACCCACGGUAACAAAACCCCUAGACUACACAGGAACACAUAUUCCACAACUUAAAACCAAUAUCUUCAGGCAAAGCAAUACAAGCUAUUUUGAUAAGGGUGACGUUUGCUUUAACAAUUUCAUUUAUUUAACAAUUUCACCCCCGUGGAAAAACAGUGAAAGGAAGGAAACAUACAAGAAUAUAUUCUUAUAUACUAUAUAUAAGAUAUAUUAUAUAUAUAAUAUAUAUUAUAAUAUAUAAUAUAUACUUGGGGUACCAACCCGGACACAUUUACUAUGUCUGAUGUGGAUGUUUGAUUGCCUUGUUUUCAACUAGCCUGCGUCUUUAUGCAACACACCUUGCACACCAUGUGGGAUUUGGUUUAUCCCCUUUCCGAUUUGUGUGAUUGUACUUUGUUUCAUGAAAUGCUCAUUUGUUUCGGUUCAUUAAAGUUUUUUUUUAUAUACUUCGCAGCCACUGUAGAUUUGGAAGGAAAUAUAGAAAUGAUGUAGUUUUGAAGAAUGACUAUUUUAACAGCCCUAAUGUAAGUGCAUUCUUCCAUGUAGCAAAAUGGUAUUUGUUUGUCCUCAUGUCAUCUUUAGUCCAUGUAUCAGUUACUCAAAUUCAUAUUAUUCUGAUACACAUAUUCAUGUUUCAAUUUUGUGCCUUUCUUAUGGGUUUUUUGCCUUUUUUUCAUCAUCUGCCAUUAUUAAAUGAGAGGGAAAUUCAAAUAGAGAAUUUAAAGCGACCAUCAAGCUGAAGGAGGGGUCUUCCUCGUCAUGGGUGUCUUGUGUGACUCCUGAAGUUGCUGACAGGUGCUAGCAAGCCAAGCGGCAUGCAGCUUCGGUUGUGGUCCAGGGAAAAACUCAGGUGUGGGAGGAGUUGGGUGAGACCAGAGAGCACAAUUUUCAAGGGGGGCGCAAUGCACUGUUGACAGUGAGGACGGACGCCUGCUAACCUCAACUGAGGCCCUUCCCAAUCCCACUGACUUACCUUCUGCAGCGGGAACAGCGAGUCUGAGGUUGUCAAAAAAUUGUCAGACCGGGGUGGUGGUGAUCAGAGGCUGGGAUCAAACCCUGGGAAAGUCAAUUCCAGCGUGCUGAGUUGUGACUGUUGGUCGAACCUCGGCUACAUGAGGUGCAAUGUGGUUUUUGUCCUUUGCUCUACACCUUUGCAAGGGUUCUGGAGGGUACGGGGUAGUUUGCCAACCAGUACACACGUGCUUUGUGGACUUGGAAAAGAUGUUCGACUGUGUUCCUGGUCUGCUCUGGGAGUUUGGGAUUGGUGGUAUGCUACUUUGUGCCAUUCCGUCCUUUUAUAACCGGAGCAGGGGCCUGGAUUUCUUUCCCAGCCCUAAGUCGAGCCUGUUCCUGGUGAACUUUGGCCUCCGCCAAGGCUGCCCUUUCUCACUGAUUCACAAUUUUUAUGGACAGAAUUUCUAGACGCACCCAAGGUUUUGGGGGUGUCCUGUUUGGGGGCCUACUGGGACAGUUUGCGGUUUUGAGUGUGAUGCUUCUGGGAUGAGACUCAGCACCUCCAAAUCUGAAGCCAUGGUUCACACAGAAAAGGGUGGAUUGCACCCCCUGAGUUGGGCGGCAUGAAGUCUUGUCCCCAGGUGGAGGAGUUAAGGAUCUCGGAUUCUUGUUCAUGAAUGACGGAAAGCUAGAGUGAUGCCGUCUUUGGUCCAAAGCUCUUGAUUUAUUGAAUGAUAUAUAUUCCCACCCUCAUCCACGGUACCUUUGGGUAGGGACUGAAAGAUAUAAGUGCCCGAAAUGAAUUUCCUCAGUAGGCUGGUUAGACUGACCACUGGCCACACUGAAGGGAUUAUGUCUCAUAGCUGGCCCGGGAGCACCUUGGUGUCCCCUCGGUGGAACUGGAAGCAGUGGCCAGAGACCAAAAAGUCCUACUGACUCUGCUGCCCCUGCAACCCAGACUCGGAUUAGCGGUUAAAUUGAUAAAUUAGAGGGAAAAUGCUGCUACUUUACUGAAUAUGUUUUCUUCUUCUGGCCUCAGUGGAAAAACAACAUACAUAAGUCAUAUUUUGUUUGGGAAAGUCAUAUAUUUGUUAUUUUGGGAAUGUAAACAAUAAACUAAUACUAAUUGAACAGCCAAGUCUCCAGCGCUGUAUCAAGGAAUAUACACAGCAGAGAUAAUUAUUCUGGUUUACACGUUGCUUUUGGCCAGCAAUGUUAAUGAUAAAAUGUUUCCCUCACCACAAAGCACAGGUAUGGAGUUGAAGGUGAUAUUUUGGAAGCGCCUUCCUAAAUAUCAUGGCUACCACACAGGAAAGUUAUUCCAUCCAUGUUUGUCAGACAUUUACGUUCUUCUGCUUUGUUGCUUCAUUUGCACGUGAAUGAGUAAUUAUUAAGUAUUCAAGCAUGCCAUAGAAAUAGAAUGUUGCAUUCACACGUCAGUUGAUAUUUAUUGUCACACACUGGUUUUGCUGCAAAAGUACUAUUUUAGUAACAAUGUUAUUUGUGUAAUAAAGUGUCUGCAAAGCA